AUGGCAGUAAGACUGUUGAUGAUUUGUGGGUUGAAAUUUGUAAUCGGGAAACAAGAAGGUUUCAUAGUCGGUGGUGAAUAUGUUAAUUCUAUUAAAGAUUUCGCUCAUGUAGCUGCUAUAGUGUUCUUUGAAAAGAAUUUCGGAGAAAGCUUUUGUGGCUCUUCGAUACUGAACCAAAAGAUUUUGUUAACUGCUGCUCACUGCCUUAUAACAGCAGAGAACAUUACAGCACAUGCGGGAACGUUAGAUAAGUACAAGGGAAAUAUACGUCGUGUUGACCGCUUUAAAUUGCACAAACAGUUUCAUGAAAAAGAGUUUGUUAAUGACAUGGCCUUACUUAGACUGAAGAAACCUUUGUCUCUUGGAAAGACAAUGAAGAGAGUGAUAUUAAUGAAGAAACUACCAAAAGUAAAAAUGGCGGAAGUGGCUGGAUGGGGCUCCAUAAACGAAGAGGCAGAUACAUCACCAAAACGACUUAAGUACACAACACAAAAGUUGUGGACCCAUAAGCAGUGCAAAAAAGUUUUGAAAAUACCCGAGGUUCCCGACUACCAGCUACCAAAUGGAACGUUUUGCGGUGGUGAGAUGAAAGCUCAAGGAAAUUACCCUUCCCAUGGUGAUUCCGGCAGUGGUCUGACGGUUAACAAAAAUAGAAUUAUCGGGAUAGUAUCCUUCAAAGUCCCCUCACUAUCGCGCUCUUUGAUGAUCUACACGGACGUAUCAUACUACUACAAGUGGAUUAAGGUCGAAUCGAGAAGAUUAGCAUGCUCUUAAUAAAGAAGAAGA